AUGACUGUCGGAAACAUAGAGUAUAGCGAAGCACGGAAAUUUAACAUUGUUGAUAAAAAGCUUCCUACUGUUCAAGCACACGAUAUUUUAGUAGGUAUUAAGUAUUCCAUAAAUCACACUCAUUAUCUGACAAGAUUCCAGAUCAAAGUCAAGGCCUGCGGUGUCUGUGGUACCGACCUACACAUCCAUGAGGGUGAAUUUGGAGCCCAAUUCCCACUAGUACCCGGCCAUGAAACUGUCGGCAUCGUCGCAGCAUUCGGCACCGAAGUCAACGGCUUCACAGUAGGGGAUCGCGUGGUGGCCGAUAACUCGGAACUAUGCGGACAUUGUCACUACUGCCGUCGAGGCAAAGAGCUCUUCUGCGAGAACUUUAUAGCCCAUGGUGUGAUGGUCGAUGGCGGAUUCGCCGAAUACGCUGCCUACCCGGCCUAUCGCGUAUUCAAAAUCAAGAACCUGUCAGACGUCGAUGCCACCUUGCUGGAGCCUGCAGCCUGUGCGGCGCAUGGGCUGGACAAAAUUGCCCCGCAGAUGGGAUCCAGUGUUCUUCUGUUCGGCGCCGGUCCGACAGGACUAAUGUUAGCUCAGCUUCUUCGCCAGAAUGGUGGAUGUCGAACUGUUAUUGCUGCACCGGGCGGGUUGAAGAUGGAGCUGGCCAAAUCGCUAGAUGCUGCGGAUGAGUUUGUUGAGCUCCCGCGGGAAGAAAAUGCCGCGGCUGCUAGGCUGGAGGAACUGCGAGGGGAAUAUCCAUACGGCUUUGAUAUUGUUGUGGAAGCGACGGGCAGCGAAAGGGUUCUGGAAAAUGCCAUACACUUUGUCACGAAAGGUGGAAAGCUGGUGGUAUAUGGGGUUUACAAGGAUGAGAGCCGCAUCUCGCUGUCACCGAACAAAAUCUUCAAGGAGGAGAUUCAUGUCCUCGGCUCGUUCAGUCAGACAUACAAAUUUCCAGCUGCCAUUGAUUAUCUUGAUCGUAAGAGGAUCAAUGUGUCUGGGAUUGUCAACAAGACAUUUAGAUUGGGCGAGUGGGAGAUGUGCCUUGAUGCGAUGAGGAGAAAGUCGGUUGUCAAGGCUGCCAUAGUCUUUGACUAG